AUGGCGUUCUCCCCCUUGUGCCUCAGGGGAGCCGACAGCCCUCUUGGGAGGUUCAUGAAACGUGCGAGCAGCAUAUCGCAAAGCAUCUUCUCUUUCGGCUUUGGGAAGUUUUUUCUCACCAGCAAGAGGCAGCUCGGUUACCUGGCCUCGCUUCCCAUCAUCGCGGACAAGGAAGUGGUUCAGGCGGAUGAUGAGCCCACCUUCUCUUUCUCCACAGGGCCCUACAUGAACAUGACCAACCUGAUGUGGGGAGGCAGCCGCGUGACCGUGAAGGAGCUGAACGUGCAGCCUCACCAACACUGCAGCAAGCUGCGCCUCUCCGACCUCCUCUUGGCUGAGCAGGAGUACAGCAGCCAGCUCCACCACCCUCACCUGCUGCUUCUGAUGGCCGUCUGUCUGUCCAGCGACUUGGAGAAGACGCGCCUGGUGUUCGAGCGGGUGAAUUUUGGGUCUCUCUACAGCAUCCUUCACGAGAGGCGCUCCGAGUUCCCGGUGCUGCACAUGGAAACGAUUGUGCACCUGCUGAUCCAGGUGAGCGAUGCCCUCCGCUACCUGCACCUGCGCGGCUUCAUCCACCGGACCCUCAGCUCCUACGCCGUGGUGAUUGUGCUGACUGGGGAAGCGAAGCUGACCAACCUGGAGCACAUGAUUGAAAGCAGCAAAGACGGAGGGGAGCACAGCGACCUGACCCGGGUGCCGAUCCCUCCCCAGCUGUACAAGUGGUGCGCCCCAGAGGUGAUCUUGGAGAGGACGGCAACUUUCAAGUCGGACGUUUACAGUUUCUGUGCCGUCAUGCAGGAGGCGUUUACAGACACCAUUCCCUGGGAGGGGUUCGACGGUCCAUCCAUCAAAGAUCGCAUCACCUCCGGCCAGUGGUUGGAAGCUGACGCUAGGCUCCCCAAGCCUUAUUACGACAUGGUGAAGACGGGCCUAGAAUCCAGGCCCAAGCAGCGCACGAUGAACCUGCAAGAUAUUCGCUACGUUCUAAAGAACGACUUGAAAGAGUUACUAGAAUCUCGCAAACACCGUCCCGGGCAGGAACCAGAAUCUCCCAAGCCUGAAAUUCACUCCAAUAUCAACAUCUGCUUGCCUUCCGCCUCGGCUUUCGAGGUGAAGAAGCCAAGAUUGCAAGACGAAAAGGCUCACAUUGCCAGAAGUUUCACCGUGACCAGAUGCGCUGUUUCCUCGCCGGAGAUCAAACCUGUUGUCGUCCAGGUGUCAGAGCCAGUUCUCCGCACGGCGCAAUCCGGCCCUUUCUUCGAGAGUCAUUUGAAUGACCUCGUCCAGGUCCCCGAGCCAGUUCUCCGCACGGCGCAAUCCAGGCCGUUCUUCGAGGGGCAUUUGAAAGACGCGGAAGAGGACAGCAACGCCAACCUGAGCUUGUCCAGCGUGCAAAUCAACGAGAUAUACACUUGUUACCCAGAGCUGGGCGACGAGACGGAGGGGGACGAGAUGUCGAGAACCGAGCAGGACCCCGAUUCUCGACGAGAAUCAACGAGUUCUACCGGCGAUAUGACCGACCUCUCUUCCCCUCAGCUGGCCGAGAUCCAGGAUCACGAGGCGAGCCUAUCCUUGGACGAGGACCCGAACGGCGCCUCGGUGAUGAACGAGGUACUCCGAAGCACCCGCGGCAAAAACGGGAACGUCCGGUCCCAGUUUGAGCACCAGUUCGGCAAGUGCGUUCUCGAUCUCAAGAUUUGCCAGACUUUGCUCCAGCAAGCGACGGAUUCCCUCUGCCGCACCGAAACCAAACUGGGUGCGCUGGAGGGUUUCGACAAACCUCGGCAGCUCUUUUGGGGCACCCAGGCAAAGGAGCAACUCCCCGUCGGGAUUCCCGCCCAGGGUUGCCAUGAGAAGCUGGAGAACAUCUUGAGAAGCAUUCAGCCUCCCUUAAAUGGCGACUGCGCCCUGCAGUGGAAGACGGUGGCUCCUCCGACGGAGGGCUACGUGCCACCGCCCUUCCGGGUUCCGGGAGCCUACAGAUCCCUGGUGGUCCAGUCUUACCAAAUGGCUGAAAACAGGCCCAAGAAUGCCAACCAAAGCCAGGAUACCACCUACUGGAGCGAUUUUGGACCGGAAACACCCAGAAGUCCCCUAAAUCCGAAAGGAACAGAGCCAAACUAUCAGCUCUUAUCCCCAGGGGUGACCUUCAGGAGGAAGAAGAGCUGCCAGCUACGCCGAGGAAGCUCCAUGUUGGAUGGGAUCAAAGCAUCAGACGGGUCCUUCAAAAAAACAGCUCCUGAAAUCUACGAAGCGAAUUUGAGAAGCGAGGAGAGGAGAAUGGCCCAGUCCGAAUGGACAUCCGAAGUGAAACAGAUGGCCAAGCAGGCGGCCUCAGGCCAGCUUCAUUUACCGACCCAGCAGCACCCUGCCAACCGAUGGAUGUUGCAGAGCGAGGUGCAGGGCGUCCAGACCGUUUUCCCGAGCCCCACCAUCUGCGAGCGGGUCCGAUUCUACCAGGAGAACAGCGAGGCGGGAAGGGGGCAGCGCAGCAGGGCCAUCGGCGACCACAAGGCGCUUGGUGAAGACGAAAACCAGAAAACCCCAGAUGGGCUCUUAGGAAGAGUCCCAGGCCUGGAGAAGGAAGCCAAAAUUCAUACAUUUCACUGCCCCAGCGAUGCAGAUAUAAGCUUCAAUCUUGCCAUGGUGGUUUGGUCCAGAAAGCAGUAG